GCCCACCGUCCUCCCUGUACAUCCUUCAUCAUGGGUCGCGUUCUUCUCAAGGUUAUCAUUCUGGGUGAUAGCGGGGUUGGCAAGACCUCUCUCAUGAACCAGUAUGUGAACAAGCGGUUCAGCAACCAGUACAAGGCGACCAUUGGCGCAGACUUCUUGACGAAGGAGGUUAUGGUGGACGACCGACUUGUGACCAUGCAGCUGUGGGACACCGCAGGUCAAGAACGUUUCCAGUCGUUGGGGGUGGCUUUCUACCGUGGGGCGGAUUGCUGCGUACUCGUGUACGACGUCAACAGCGCCAAGUCCUUCGAGACCCUCGACAGCUGGCGCGACGAGUUCCUUAUCCAGGCCAGCCCACACGACCCGGAGAACUUCCCGUUCGUUGUGCUCGGGAACAAGAUUGAUAUGGAGGAGAGCAAGCGUCAGGUCACCCAGAAGCGUGCGAUGACCUGGUGCCAGUCCAAGGGCAACAUCCCUUACUUCGAGACCUCCGCGAAGGAGGCCAUCAACGUCGAGCAGGCGUUCCAGACGGUGGCGAAGAACGCGCUCCAGCAAGAACAGGAUGACCAGCUCUAUGUGGACUACCCGGACCCGAUCCGGAUUGACUCGGAGAGCUCGCAGAGCAUGGGCUGCAACUGCUGAACACGCCCGUAGACGCUUUCUCUGCGCUCAUGACACCCCAGGACCUCCGGUUACCCCUUCUCGAGCCCUACAGCGCACUCUCUUGAGCGCGCCCGCGCACUUCACGAUAGGCCUCGAUUUACGAUAAUUUACCGAUUCUUUUCGUCGCUGUUCCGUUUUCGCACUUGUACAUCCGUAUACUGAGCUAUGAAUAUUGGUGUUGGAAUAGCAAGUGCUGGAGACCGUGUCAC